AUGGAGAUCAAGGUACCACAACAUGAAGCUGAGAAGCUCAUGCUUCAAUCGCCUGACACUACGAAACUUCGCCAUUGGUCAAAAUUGUAUAGCGCAGAACCCCACCUAGCCGGGGACCUAGCCCACGCAGAACGCAUACGGGAUCUAUGGAUUUCGUACGGUAUCCCGGCCGCAUUGGAAGAAUACCAGGUCCUGCAAAACUUUCCAAAGUCUCAAGCUCUGCAUCUCCUUGCACCGGAUGGACAGAUAGGUUUCGAGGCAUCCCUGACAGAGGACGAGGUGUCAGAGGAUCCAACGUCGUCUCCUCGAAAUGGUUUACCCGCCUUUCAUGGCUUCAGCGCAAACGGCGAAAUCUGCGCCGAAUUGGUGUAUGCGAACUUCGGCGAGUUGAAAGACUUUGAGCUGCUGAAGUCGCAUGGAAUCUCCGUGAAAGGCAAAAUCGUCAUAUGCAAGUAUGCCAAGGUCUUUAGAGGCCUCAAAGUUAGAGCAGCCGAACAGUACGGGGCAGCCGCUGUCAUUCUGUAUAACGACCCUCAAGAGGACGGCGAAUACACUGUUGAGAAUGGCUAUGAGCCCUACCCUCAUGGUCCAGCAAGGCAUCCCAAAAUAAUUCAGCGAGGCAGCGUCGACUACUUCUCCGUGGCCGUGGGUGACCCCACGACACCCGGGUACCCCAGUUUGCCAGACACCGACCUUGAACGACAGGAUCCUGGUCACGCAACCCCAAGGAUACCAUCUCUGCCAAUCUCUUAUGCGGAUGCUAUUCCUUUCCUUCAGGCAUUGAACGGCCAUGGACUUAUACCUAGUCAGAUAGCCGGUGAGCACAGCGACUGGAAAGGAUGUCUUCCGGCAGUGGACUAUUGUACUGGCCCUAGCCAAGCCAGAGUCUUUCUAUCGAACCAAGGUGAGCAAUUUUGA